GGCAGAAAAGGGUAAAAGUCCAAGAACGAGACUUCAGCAUCCGUACACGGAACGUGGUGGCGGUCUGGUUCAGUUGAGCAAACCUUUUUGCUACGAGUGGUUGUCAGGGAACAUAUUACAAUAAUGCUGAAGUUCUGCAUCUUGGUACUGGCAACUGUCAGUUAUGUGUCUCCCGGGACCAUCACUGAGGCGAACGCCUUCGUGGACACCAUCAUAAAUGAAGAUGUACCACUUCUCGUGAAGGAAUCACCCCGGCUUUACCCCUACGCGACCAUUGAAGACUUCAGUUUCACGGUACCCCAAAACCGAGUCACCAACCGUGACCUUACGGUUAACAUGACACGUGGCAAGGUCCGAGGCCUGGACACUGCCGUGCAGCGGAAGGAAGACUGUGAGGCACUUUUCCUUCGUACGGACAGACUAUCGUUGUCUGCGACCUUACCAUACAGGGAAUCAGGCAUAAACUUCACAUCGCUGGCUAAAGGGGACAACAUUGUCGGCGUUUGGAAGACGAUCCAGGUGAACGUAUCUGUGACGAACGGCACGAUUCAGUUCGAAGCCAAAGUUCCCCCAGGUCGUCCACGGCGGCACUCUGCGCGCGUUCUCCAUCAAAGACCUUCAGCUCAACGUCACAUACGACAGCAAUUUGACCCUCAACGAGGAACGAAGCGAGAAAUUCAAGGAAGAAGUCUCGGCUAAAGUCAAAGAAGAGCUAGGUCACAUCUUGGCCGAAUAUGUGUCACUUGUCCGCCGCGCUGUAAAUUUGUUCACGUUCCCUAGAGCCUAAUGUCACAAUAAGUGCAAUGAGGGAGUUCAUUGUUGGACCGAAAAUAUUUUGAAUCGGUGAUGGUGUUUGUUGAAGCAUGAAUUCUUAUGAACAAGCCCAAAUUUCAGUUUUUCAAUGUCAAUGAGAAAGCAGUCUUUUUUUUUUUGCAGUGAAGGCUUCUUCUAUUCAUUCUCUUGUUUAACUCACUCAGUGUCUUUGAACGCACAGAUUUCGUAGCGCCUGACCAGCUGAUCAGUUUACUGAAAAAUAUCAAAGUUGACUUAUAAUAUAGGUUAACAUGCUGUAUAUGUCAAUAAAAGCUAAAGAGACGCGUUUCUACACUCUUGCCUUAACUAUACACUACUCAUUGAAAUGGCAGCAGUGAGUGGUUAUGUGCAUUGGGAUAAAACAGUGCGCUAACCCAUUGCAAUGUGCCACGUGGAAGGCCACUUCUCAAUUACGAAUCGGUGUGCUACUGAUCCAAAUUUUUCAUUUGUAACAAAUCACAUACACACACACUGAAACGCACGAGCAGUGUUCACGAAAUAUCUAUCUUUACCAAAUUCCCAUUAAAUGAGACGAAGUCAAACAUAGAA